AUGUCCAAACUCAUCGUCGUGGUCGGCGCCACAGGCACACAGGGCGGCUCCGUCGUCGACACGUUCCUCCAGGAGCCCGGCUGGCAAGUGCGGGCGUUGACACGCAACGCCAACAGCGCCGCGGCCGAGAAACUGCGGUCCAAGGGCGUGCAGGAGGUGGUGUCAGCGUCACUGGACGACCCGGCCUCUCUGGUGCAGGCGUUUCAGGGUGCGACCGCCAUCUUCUCCGUGACGGACUUCUGGGGCGCCUACUACGACCCGGCCACCACGCCCGAGGCCACGGCCACGGGCCAACCGAAGAACGUGUGGGUUGGGCAAAGGGAGGAGCAGCAGGGCAAGAAUGUCUUUGACGCGGCCGCCCAGACACACGGGCUCCAGCGGUUGAUCUUCUCGGGCCUGUCCAACGCGACCAAGUGGUCGCGCGGCAAGUACACGCACGUAUACCACUUCGACAGCAAGGCUCGUGCGGCAGAGUACGGCCAGGCUACGUACCCAGACCUGUGGCAGAAGACGAGUAUCAUCCAGGUCGGGUUUUAUUUGUCGAAUGUCUUGACGUAUCCAUUCAUGCGGCCGCAAAAGGACGCAGACGGGGUCUACACCUUCUCAUAUACCGGGCCAACGGACGGGAAGUUGCCCCUGAUCGCUGCCGACGAAGACACCGGCCCUUUCACCAAAGCCCUCAUCUCGCUGCCUGAGGCUGGAAAAAACCUCAUCGCGUACCGCGAGUGGAUGUCCAUGGAUGAGUUCGUCGCGCUCCUGUCGCGCACGCUGGGUGUGAAGAUGAGGACCAAAAUCCUGGCCAUGGACGAGGUCGCUGCCGGCACGGGCAUCUGGGGCUCUCUCCCCGAAGACCUGCUCUUGGAGUUGUCGGACAACACAAACUACUUUGUCGAGUUUGGGUAUGAAGGACGCGACGACCCAUCCGUCGUUCACCCACAUGCUCUCGGUGUAGAGGUGAAACUGCCUUCGGUGGAGGACUGGAUCAAGAAGCAGGAUUGGAGCGCUGUUCUCAACUGA